GUCCUUCUGUCGACGUCUGCGGAUAAUUUGUCUGAUUUGGUCCUAUGUUAACACUGCAUCGAGAAGAAGAUGAUUGUUACAAACACUUUUAGUUUUAAGGGAGUGUGGUGCGCCUUCAUCCAGAUAGCCGUGGUGGUACUGAUCAAUAUACCGACCGUGUCGUUUGGUCUGGCCAUGGGCUGGGUGUCAUUGGUGAGCGGAGAGGCUCCAGCGGAGGAGGCGGAGGCCUCGGGGAGGGGAGCCGUCAUUGCUGCUGUCACCACUUUCGGAGCCUCCAUGGCUGGCGUCCCUUUGAGCGCGCGGGCUUUGCUCUACGGACGCAAGUUUGCUCUCAUUGGUACUUCGGCUUGCUUCGCGCUGUGCUGGACUCUAAAGCUGGCGAGUCUGUGGUGCGGCUCAGAAUGGUCGGGUGUAGGUGCGGCUCUGGUGGUGGUUGCGAGGAUCGCGGCAGGUUUAGGUGGAGCCUCCGCCUGGGCCUUGGAGCCCCUUCUAGCCAGGGAGAUGUGCAGUUCACAGUACCGCGGCGCAGCGGUGUCUGCUCUGUCUCUGGCGCAUAACGUUGGAGUCCUCGCUAUGUACCUCGCAGCGGACGCGGCCGUACCUCACAAGACAGUGCUGUAUUGUUGCCUGUCACUGGCGUUAGUUCAUUGCGUUGCGUUCACUUUCGUUCCUGAAUCACCGUCCUUCUUAGCCGCUAACGGAAAAAUGGAGGAGGCUCGCCUGUCCCUCGCUCGUCUUCGUGGUGUGUCUUCUGAUCAUCCAGAACUGAUCCACGCAUUUGCAGCCUUACCGCCAACUGAAGAAGUGCGAUCUCCGCUUCGACUUGCCAGACAAAUGUUGAGUGAUCGUCAACGUCGCCGUGCUUUCAUCAUCGGUACAAUAACAGUCAUCGGACAAGAGGUCUGCGGCGUGCUGGCCAUCCUGCAGUACGCAGAGAGAAUGUUCGUCAUUGCGAGAGACGAAACUAGACUGACAGACUCGGUACCACCGACCACCCCACUGAAAACAGAAAUUAUGAACGAUUCGAAACAUUUAAUAUGGCCGACGACUAACGAAGUAAUUGUAAAGAAUUUGACAAGCAAUUCUUCUAAUAUUUCUGCUCCAGCAUUAUCCCCAACAUUACAUGAUCUAUCGGCCGGAGUUGUAACAGACGAGUUGUUAUCACCGGCUCGACACGCGGUGCUGCUGGGGACAGUGCAGCUCCUCACUUCCGCCCUGUCGCUGUAUCUAGUGGAGAGAUUUGGACGGAGGCCGCUACUGCUGUGGUGUUCCGUGGUGACGGGAGCGUGUCUGGUGCUGGCGGCACUGGUGACGGGGACGCGCGUGUCCGUCGGGGGGCUCGUGGCGGCGGACGUAGCAGCCCUCGCCAUCGCCGGGGCCGUCGCCGCAGACUCCGCGGGUCUACAGCACGUGCCCUACGCCAUAUUAUCUGAGAUGUUCCAUUAUGAGUAUCGCGGCUGCGCUGUGAUGCUCGCCAUAGCUGGUGCGUGUGCGGGAAACGCCUUGGAGGUGUUGUUGUUCCCGGGGGUGGUGGCUUUCGGGGGUCUGAUGAUGGCGCUCACACUGGCCGCGGUUCUCACCUUCCUUUAUACCGUGUUCGUGGCUCUGGCCGUUCCGGAGACGAAGGACAGGACGCCGGAACAGAUAUAUGACGUCAUCUGUCCUCGACACGAGGGGACUUGCAAAAAAAUUAAAAAAGUGUAUAAAAAUAAGAAUUGUGGAACUAAUAAGGAGACUAUGUGUACUAAAGUGUGAAUAUACGACAAAUAUUAAAGGCAUAUUUAAUAAGUUACAUGAUUAAAGAAAACUGAUAAUAAAUGUACGAAAUUGUUA